GUUAUAUUGUUUUUUUUACGUUCUUUCUGUAACUUAAUCAACAAUAAUUUCCUUUUCGUAAUUAGUGUAGCCUAUUGCAUAAUUAGCAAAAAAAUUAUUGCACCAUUUAUUUUUCACAUUUAAUAACCCAAAAAAGAAAAUUAUCGCGAGACUGUUUAUACCAAUCAUAUAAAAGAUUUUAUAAAAUUGGAAUUAGGAAUUAAAAAUUUCAAAGAAAAUAUCUAAAUUAUGACCACUCAAACAUUGAAGCGUAAUUGCAAAAAUCUUUUCACAAAUUCCGGAAGGUUAUGUACAUUGGAGAGAAAUAUUCCAAAAAUCAAACUUACGCCACGAGAUAAAUCCAAUGAUCGUUUAUCACCAUCACCGAGAUUAAAAUCAUUUCCACCGGAGAAAAUCAAUAGAAUAAAGGAAAAUGUUUUAUUACCAUCAACAAGAACGGAAAAUGUAUCUCCUACAAGACAAAAUAUUGGUCAUGGAGAUGCUGCAAAUAUUCAGGAAAAAUUACCAAUAACAUCAAACCAAGAACUGAUUAAAAAAACUCCAAAAAGUCAUAAAAUAACCUAUUUUUAUCCCACUGAGAAUUGUUACCAAUCAGAAGGUAUUCUAACUUCGCAAAAAAAUGUCAAUCCCCUUCUAACUCAUCGACUUUUUACUCCUAAUUCUUUUUCUGAAUCGUCACCAAGAAACAAAAUCACACCAAGACCAAUUGUUUCUCAUCUUCCAACUCACCGGGACAAUAUUCAAAAAUUUCCUCAUUUCGAACAAGAAAUCGUCAAGGCUGAUGACAAUUGUCAAAAAACUGUCAAAAAUCACGAAAAUGUAAACCAAGAAAUUGUAAAAAAAGAAAUUGUAUCUGAAAAAUAUAAGGAAACUUUAAGAGAAGAUGACAAAAUUCCAAGUGGAGAACAUGACAAAAUUGAAAAAACAGAACAAAAUCAAGAAUUUGUUUCUGAUAAUUUUAAAACUGAAACAAACUACGAGAAACAACCAAUUGGUGGACGAGUUGCAGCUGUUUAUCGAGAAUCAUAUUUGAAAGAGAAUUACAAUUUACAAAAAGAAUUUGCUCCCAAAAAAAUGAGGCAACAAGUGAUGCAACAAUUGCCAAUAUCAGCUCCAGUGUUUCAACGUGAUUCAAUUCAAUCGAAUAAUUUUCCAAAUAAAUAUCCAAUUCCAUUGCGAAUGGAAAAUAUUAAACAACCAAAUCAUCAACAAACGGAUCAUCAAUUACAUAAUUGUCAGCAACAUGAUUCUGUAUUGAAUCAAAAUCAUCAACAACAAAAGGAAUCUUAUUUUUACAAACCUAAUUUUCAUUCCGGAAUGACAUCACCGCAGGAUUUUUCCAUUAAUCGUCAGAAGUAUUUUCAACAUUGUCAACAGAGUUGUAAUAAUUUUCAAGCGAACCCUAGUAAUUCUCAAACAAGCCCUAAUAAGUUUCAAGUAAACCCUAAUAAUUUUCAACCGAACCCUAACAGUUUUUAUUCCAACCCUAAUAGUUUUCAUCCGAACCCUAGUAGUUUUCAAAUCCCUAAUAAUUCUCAAACAAACCCUAAUAGUUUUCAAGCAAACCCAAAUAAUUUUCAAGCGACUCCAAACAAUUUUCAAUUUCUUCACAAUGAUAAACAUUCACAAGAUCAUUCGAAUAAUUAUCAUUUUCCAAUGAAUCGUAAUGACAGAACACAAUACACUUCAUUUGCCAUGGAUUUGGUAAAUCCACAAUUCAACCACUCUCAAGCUGAGGCAGAAAAAAGUCAACAAAUUGUACCAAAUAAUUAUACACAAAAUAAUCAGCACUCCAAUCAGAAUAAAUCCACAUUAAAAUCUCCAGAUGUACAGCAGCAGAAUAAAACGAGUAGUAAAGUUUAUUACUUCACGCCACAAAUGCUGAAGGAUCAGGAAUUACUUUUAAACACAAUGCAACAGCAACAAUUCCCCGAGGAUGUGAUGAUGAGACAAUUUCAAUUGUUGCUCAUUGAGCAAAAGAAACAGCUCAAUUAUUUAGAAAGUUUAUCAGAAAAUGAAGGGAAAAUUAUUCAGAGGCAGCGGAAUAAUGUUUCAAGGAAAAUUACAAGAAACACCGUUGAUGAAAAACCCGAAUGGAUGGAGCAUAUAACUCCACCGAGGAUAACUUACUGCGAAAUGGAGAAAAUCAAAUGCUAUGGAUUCGAACCUAAUUGGAAUGAGCAAAAUUUUCAGAAUCAGCAGAAAAUACAGAAUUAUCAUAGAGAUCAGCAUCUGAAUCGGAUACAUCAGCUUGAGGAUCAGAAAUGCCAGUGUCUACUGCCACAGAAAUACCAGUGGAUUCAUCAACAGAAUGAUGAUUAUCGUUCGCCUCAGGUUCAAAAUCAAGGUAAAAGUCAUCAGGAGAUGGAGAUGGGUGAUCAACGGUCAGAAAUACCGGUUUCAAAUUUGGACCAGGAGGUGUAUCAUCGGCAGAUGCAGGAUUGUUUACAUAAUUUGCAGCAACAAUCUUCAAUGCAUCAACAACCACUAGUUCAGAAUGAUAAAUCGUUCGUACCACACCAGAAAUCUUUGGUACCACAACACCAAUUUUUUGAACCACAUAAAAAAUCACUGGUACCACAUCAGCAAUCGUUAAUACAUAAAAAAUCAGCAGUACCACAUCAGCAGUCGUUAGUACAACAUCAAAAACCAAUGAUACCACAGCAGCAAUAUUUGGUAGCACAUCAGAAAUCACUGGUACCUCAGCACCAAUGUCUGGUACCACAUAAAAAAUCCCCACAGCAACCACUAAUACCACAACAACAAUCGUUAGUAAAUCAAAAAUCACUAAUGGUACCAAAUCAACAAGCAUUUUUGUAUCAACAAUCAUUGGUCCAACAUCAUCAGCCUCCAGCACCAGAUCAUCAAACUUAUAUUCAACAACAAAAUUCAUGGAUAAAUCACUGUUCAUGUUCGAAUAAUAAUCAUCAUCACACAGUGAAACAAAAUUCUACAACAAUGCCAUCAGUUCCAUUAAAAUUUGAUGAAAAUUGUUCAACGGGAGAAAAUUUAAAUUCAGUGGAAGCUUCCAGUUUAUUGCGGCUUCGUUACCACAAGGAAAUUGUGCAACCUCAGCAACGAAACAAUGGUCUACAAGAUGCAGACACGAUAAAGGAGGCGCUAGAGGCAUUGACAAAGUCGGAUACCAGAAAAGGGUUCGAGUACUUGGUGAAUUUGAAUAAAAAGGAUUCGAUCAUUAAAUUGAAUGGCACUCAAGAACCGGGAGUGAUACCAAAAGAUUUUUUACAAAAACCAUUGCAUGAAAAAAUAAUGAAAAAUGUUUCUGCCAAUGGUUUAGAGAAUCAACGGAAUCCAAAUAAUCCAUUGCCACCUUUGAAAAUAAAAAAUUUUGAUAAUCAAUUAAUGGAAUAUCCACGAUCGAAAAAAGCGUCUUAUGUUACCAAUAACACUGAUGUUCCGGAAAAUGAGAAUCGACAAUAUCAAUGUUUUCAAGAAAAUUAUAUUCAAAAUCAAUUUCCCAUAUCAGAUAUUAUUAUUCAGCAUCCACAUUAUAUUGAUAAUGAACAUGUAAAAGAAUCUGCAAUUUGUGAAAAUGUAAGAUCACAUUUUGUACGUUACGAAAAUUCAAUGAAUGAAAUUCAAGAACCAAGAAUUAUUGGAGGUUUCACUUAUCUCGCGAGGAAAUCAAAUUCUAUUCCAUCAUAGUUCUCAUGUUGUCGCUGAAAAAUUUCACCGAGUAAAAAUUGUUUAUUCGCGGAAAGGAAAUUUAAUUUUUAUUUUAAAAUUGUAGUGUUUGUUUAUAAAAUUUGAUACAAACGGAACAUAUUUUUUUGUAUCGUUUUUAAUUUUUAUAAACAAUGUUUUUUAUGGAUCAAACUUUUUUAAUUGUAAUAAAAAAA